AUGCUCCUGAUGGGAACGAACACGCAAUCCGCGGUUCCUGCCCCUCCACCGAGCGGAGGUCGACCUCCGAGCCCCGUGGCAUCGGACGCCGAAGAACCCGAGGUGACCGUCGAUGACGACGAUGACAACUCGAACUCAGUGAAAACGUCCCCGUCCCCAAUGAAGUCUUCGGCGUUCUCGAUCAGUUCGCUUCUGUCGAAUACCACCAAGUCAGCCGAAAGUGCAAGUCUAGCAGCCAUGGCGCAGCAGCAAGCAGCAGCCGCCGCCGCCGCUCUGUUCCUGAACGCUGCAACGGCGGCCGAUCCGGAUCAGCAGGCGGCAGCUGCCCGUCUGUAUUGGGAUGCGCAAUUAGCUGCGCUUCGCCCACAGAGUGCUCUUCAGGCCGCAAGUCUUUUCCCCACGAUGGUUGGUCUACUCCAACAACAGCAGCAACAUCAUCAACAACAACAGCAGCAACAACAGCAGCAGCAACAGCCCCGGAAACCCACUGCCUGGUAUCCGUGGAUCCAAGGUCAGAUUUCUCCGAGAGACUGCGCAGCGGGAACAGGGGGAGAUGCCAUCAAACGUGAAGUGUCGCCCGGCAGCAACAAUUUCCAAAAACUCGAACGUCCUGCCUCAGCUGACAGCGCCAGAGCCUCAUCGACUUCGAGUCCUGCUCCAAGUCAACACCUGCCCUCAUCGGCAAUGCUCCCCUCCUCAAGCACUUCUCCAGGUUCUCCGAUGAGCCGUCCCGGAGGCAGUCUCUUUCACCACCCUGGACUUUCUGUCGGCAACACUCAUUCGCAUCAGCUCGACUCCGAUUGUGAUGACGACGACGUGAAAGAUGAUUCUCGCAUCGACGACAAAAAUUCUCAGCGACGGAAGAAAAAGACCAGGACCGUAUUCACCCGUAGUCAGGUUUUCCAACUCGAGUCCACGUUCGACUGUAAGCGCUACCUCUCGAGCAGCGAACGCGCGGGGCUCGCGGCUUCUCUCCACCUCACCGAGACCCAAGUGAAGAUCUGGUUCCAGAAUAGACGGAAUAAAUGGAAGCGCCAAUUGGCUGCUGAGAUCGAAGCCAACAGCAUGGCACAGCAUGCCGCCGCGGCCGCGCACGGAAUAGUCCGAGUGCCGAUCCUCUACCACGAAGGUGGCUCAAGCUCCUCCUCGUCGCCCACCGGAGUGACCACGACUGUAUCAACCGCAGCUUCUGUGCUCCCUCUGGGACCAUCAGAGGCUACGGUUUCGUCCAGUGUCCAAAUUAACCGCAGUUCACCUAUUGCUCGACCGACAGCUACUUCGCCCUCUUCCCAAACAACCGCACCGGCUUUGACAGCUCUCGGAAGCGCUGCCGCCGCACUCGCAGCCGGGGCAGCGGUCUACCCGGCUUCGUUGUAUUAUCAUCAGUUCGCGCAAGGUCCCGGUGCUGCUGGUUCCCCGUCAACUUCGCCCGGAUCUCUGAGACCUUCUCAGUUGUCCGGACUCGUGUAG